AUGGAUAGGAAUAAUAAUAUAGUAAAUAUUGAGAAAAAAACAAAGGAAAAAAUAAAAGAAGAAGAAAAAGAAAAAGAAAAAGAAAAAGAAAAAGAAAAAAAAAACACUUUCGAUUCUUCUCAUAUAAAGAAUAUCUUUUUAUUGGGUGUACAUUUAUUAUUCUAUAUAAUAUUAGUUAAUAUAUAUUAUACAUAUAAUAAUGAUAAUUCUUUACAAUGUUUUAAUCAUAGCUUUUCUUAUAUCUUAAAAAGUCCAUAUUUAAAUAUAUAUGAUGUAGAAAACAUACAAAAUAAUUUAUCUAAUAUAUCUCAGAUGUGUAAUCAUAAUAAAUUAAAUUAUUCGAAAUAUAUAGACACAGAUUAUUUUAAAUAUUCUUUCUUGUUUUAUAAUCAACAUGUUAACACAUACAUAGAUUACGUUAUUAUAUUUUAUAAAUUAAAUCAAUCUGAAAUCUUGAAAAAGGUAAUUCAUAUAAGCACAACUAAAUAUUUUUUUUGGACAGAAUGGGUAUUUUAUAUUUUUUUUAAUUUGAUGUCAUGUGCGAUAAUAUAUAUCUACUGGACAAAAAAAGAGAGAAAAGAAAAUAUAUUUCAUGUAUCAAUAAUUUCCCUUAUUAAUAUAAAUAUAAUAUAUCAGCAAUUUAUAGGCUCUAUUGAAUAUGGUUCUACAUAUGAAAAAUUCAUAGCGUUGUUAAUUUAUAUUUAUUAUAUCUUAUUAAUUUUAAAUAUUUUUAAAGAAUUUUCAAAAUUUAAUAAAAUAUUUCUUAUACCCAUAAACAUAAUAAGAAAUACAUUGAAACAUAAUAAAGUGCUUUUCAUUUCUCUUUGUGUUUUUAUAAUAGUACCAUUUGUUCAAUAUAUAACAAGUUCAAAAAAUUAUAGUGACUAUAUCAAAUCGUUCGAUCUGUUUGAAAAGAAGAACAUAUAUAAAAAUGAAUAUCCUUACUAUUUUUUGUUCUCCUUAAUUUAUAAUUUUUUUUUUAUACCUAUGAUAAUAGUUAUAUCGACGGCAAGCACCUUUCUCCUUGUAAACAAGAACGAUCUUUUAUUAAGCUACAAGUUAUCAAAUAUGCCAUUCUGGUUGAAGAUAAAGGAAUACCUUUUCUUUUUUCAAGAAAAAGAAAAACAAGUGAAUAAAAAUUUAAGCAAACAAAAGAUGUUUAUAUCUGACGAAAAAAAUGUAAAAAAUAUGAGUAUCCUAAAAUUAUCUAAUAUAUGUUGCUUAGGUCUUUUUUUUAUUUUCUUAAUUUUAAAAAUAAAUUUCGAUCAAAGUUCAUAUGAUCAUAUUAAUAAAAAAUACAACCUUCUAUUAAAGGAGUAUUUUUUAUCAGAUACAAAUGUGGAGAAAUCAUUUGAUACAUUUACUUCUUCAACAGAUUACUACAACUUUUUAAAUUCCAUAGUCAUAAAGAAUAUCAUGAGAAAUAAAAAAUAUUUACAAAAUAAAAAUUUAUUGGAUAUUAAUCUGAAUUUAAAUGAUUACAAUAAUUCUAUAUAUGAUGAUUUUUUUAAUCAUUUUCCAUAUGACCUCUUUCUAAAAUUUAGUGACGGCAAUCAAAUAUCAGACGAAAUAGCUAUAGGCAAUCCGUUACUCGCACACGAAUCCACCAUUGAUAAUACCCAAUUAGAGAAGUAUAAAAGUAUUAUAGAUGAUAAUAAAGGAAGGAUAAAAUAUUACGACGCUUAUUCGAUUCUUUACAACUUUGAAUAUUCUCUAUCUCUAUUAAUAAGAACAUCUUUUAAAGUGCAGGAUUAUGGUGUGUUUAAAAAAGAUAAAGAAAUUUUUGUUCAUGAAAUAUAUGAAGAUAAUUAUAAUAACAUGUAUAAUUAUAAAAAUAUUUUAUUAAUACUUAUUUUUAUUAUAACAAUAAUAUAUUUAAUUUUAACUAUAUGUAUGGUAUAUUAUAUAAGAAGCAAGAUUUAUAUUUCUUUUUUUUCCUUUUUUUUCUUAACCUGCUUCUUUUUUUUCCUAUUUCAUUUUAUGAGCUUCAAACCAGUUAGCUAUUUUUAUGAUUAUAUUAUUAACGACAUAAAGGCAAAUCAAGUAUCCGAAAUAUUUAAUGACAUGAAUAAACACGACCAUUUCAGAUCCUUAUUAUUUGAUUUAUUAAAAAUAAAAUGGUAUACAUUUUAUGCAAAUGUAUUUUCUUAUAUCAUAAUCCUUACAGCCUUAUUAAAUUUUUUUUUUUUUUUUUUUAUAAAACAUAUUUCAAUAUUAAUAAAGUAUAAAAAACAUUUUCUAUUCGUGAGCAUACCUAUAUGGAUCUCAGUUUUUUUUAUGUCAUUAAUAGGAUCCUAUUUUCCGUGUAAUAUCCAGAAAAACAUCUUAAAGUGGAUACUUUUAUUUUAUCAAAUUCAAACAAACCAAAAAUCUUUCCCCUAUGAAGUCUUAAACAAAUUUAUUUUUGUUUUCUUCUUAUUUUACCUUACAUCCAUCUUCUUAUUUAUUUAUGUAAAGAAAAAACCAAACAUAAUUAAACUAAAAAAAAGAAAUUAUCAAAACGAUCAAGACACACAACAGUUACCUUUCAAUCACACAAAUAUAGACGAACAUUAUGAUAUAAUACUAUACUUCAAAGCUGUUUUAUAUUCAUUAGAUAAAACAUUCGAAAAGGUCCAGCUAUUGAAAGAAAAAAAAAAGUUUUCUCAAAUGAUUAAUCUUCAGAUUAAUAUGUAUAAUAUGUAUGAGAAACAAAAAAUGAUGUUGCAAUGUGCAAAUUUGAAUGGACAAAAUAAUCACAUGGUGAGAGGUCAAGAUAAUUGUUUUAUAAAUGGUCAGGUGAAUUAUCCAAUGGAUAUUCAGGGAAAUAAUUACACGAAUAAACAAAUACAUAAUUAUAUGAACGGUCAGGAAAAUAAUUAUGUGAAUAGCCAAACAAAUAAUUAUGUGAAUAAAAAAAUGCAUAAUUAUAUGAACGGUCAGGAAAAUAAUUACAUGAAUAGCCAAACAAAUAAUUAUGUGAAUAACCAAACAAAUAAUUAUGUGAAUGGCCAAACAAAUAAUUAUGUGAAUAGCCAAACAAAUAAUUAUAUGAAUAGCCAAACAAAUAAUUAUAUGAAUAGCCAAACAAAUAAUUACAUGAACGGUCAGGAAAAUAACUAUGUGAAUAGCCAAACAAAUAAUUAUAUGAAUAGCCAAACAAAUAAUUACAUGAACAGUCAGGAAAAUAACUAUGUGAAUGGUCAGGUGCCUACGGACAAUCCUUAUAGACCAAAUGAAAACAUUCAAACAUCAAGCCAAAUAAUGAAUGGCAAAAAUAAUUAUAAUUAUAAUAAUACAAUGGCAGUAAAUAUACAAGAGGAGGAAGGUAUCAAUACAAACAUAAGAGAUAAAUUCCAUGAAAUAAAAAAAAAAGAUGAUCAGAAUUUUAUGCAAGAAGGUACCUCAAAUAAUGAAAACUUGGAGAGACAAAAUGAAAAUAAAGACAAUGAAGUAGAUAUGAUUGAAAAGAUAGAAAAUAUGAACUUAUUUUUUACAAAUAUAUUAAAUGAGAAAUAUGAUUUUAAUUUUUUAAAAGAUGAAAAUAUAAAGAACAAGGAGAAGAAGAAGAAGACGAGGGGGGGAAAAAAAAAGUUAGUUGAGUGGAUCAUAUCUGGACUUUAUGAUAAGGAUAAUUAUAGAAGAAAUGAAGAGGAUAAAGAAAAAAAACAAAAAAAUACAAAGCAAUUAAAACGUAUGAUUGAAAAUUUGAAUGAAGAUUUAUAUUACAUAGAUAAAAUAAAAACAUCAUUUACAUAUUUACUUUUUUUAAAGAUAAAAAAAUAUAUACUUACACAAAAUUUCAAUAAUUUAAAAGAAAAAAAAGGUGAAUUAAAAAGAACAUAUCAAAAUAAAAUAUUAUAUAAAAAUCAUCUGAGUAAGCUUCAAAAAAAUAUAACAAAGAAAAUGAAUCAGUUAGAAAAAAAUGUUUUAAUUACAAACAAUUUGAAAGAUGGUCUUAUACACAUUAUAGAGGAUGAAGCAUGUAAUUAA